AUGGUGCACAGCCCGGCCCGGGGGAUCUCGCACGUUUUAGCUGCCGCCCGGUCCUUCCAAUCUUCUCGCGACCAAAAGUCUGGGGGGGCACAGAGUCCAAAAACCCUCCUCCACUUCUUCCUACAAGCGUUGGGACUCCCGAUGGACAAUCCCCAAGUUUCGGCCCGAGUGUCGCCUAUAGCAGAUGCUGAUGCGCCUUCCGAUCCCCAAUUGCGAGAGGCGUACGAAGCCACCCAGGAGGGCUACCGCCGUAUGAAGGAGCAAACUCGCCGCCUCCUCCAGAACAGACCGCAGUCAUGGCGCCAUCUCCUCGGACUGCUCUGUGGACUGCACUUCUCCAUCUUGUUCGGUCGUCUCGCGGGUGGCCUGGUUUUCUCUGGCCUGCACUUUACCCAACUGAAUGUGCUCUCUGCGGCCGCGGUCGCGCUGGCCCUCGCGACGCGGAUCACAUGGGGCGCAUUAUUCGCAAGCCCAUACAGCUUUCUUGGCUAUCGACGUCCAGGGGUGCAUUAUCGCUGGGCGGUACGCCUCGUGUCACUUGUGACAACGAUUCCCGCUUUGAUCCUCCACCUGGCCAUGAUUCGCGCUGCUAGCCAGGUGCGGACGGCUCUGAAUGUCGACCUCGUCCACACAAUUCUACAGCUGGUUCUGCUGGCUCUGAAUGUCGACCUCGUCCACACAAUUCUACAGCUGGUUCUGCUGCUUCCUGCUAUGAGCCUUUACGCCUGGAUGGUACGCCGCUUUCUUCUCCGACAAAAUGACGAGCACUACGAACCUACUGCAUCGCCAUCUCCGCAUGAGGAAACUAUGAACGCCAGAGUGGCGGGGACGGGCCACCUGUCAUCCGGGUUGGAUUCAUCAACGUCCAAGGCAAAAGGCAGUAUUUAUGCGCCGCUGGGCGUCUUCCUUCUCUGUGCAUACGCAAUCAAGCGGUUCAUCCACACAUCCUUCUUUGCCCGCAUCACCAUGCCUCCUCCCCACCCUUGGGUGUUGACUUCAUCCUUGUUGGGCAGACCGAUCAUUCGCAACUCCGAGGACGGCUCCAUCGCAGUGGAGGAUCCCCGUUUCCGCGUCCCUAUCAGGCACCGAGACUAUAUCACGAGGUACAACGAGACAGCCUCGGGAUGUGACGGGUACUGGGGCCACCGCGGCAGAGAGCGUACCACGGAUUUCCGUAUUCGUCCCGCUUUUUACAGGUUUGCAUUUUUGGGCUGGGCGUUCUAUUUUUUUGCCAAGGGCUUUCUCUGCAUCUUCCAUGUCAACUAUCCUACACAUGCCUAUGAUGGCGAGCUUAAGCGCCCCGACCUCACGAUUCCUGACCAAGAACGGCAAAUGAGGAUUCUGUACUUGAAAUGGAAGUUAAUGAUGGCAACCGCUCCUCUUGCCGUUUUGGUUGUCAUUUAUACGGGUUUCUGCGCUUUGAAGCUCUUCGGUAUGUGGACGGACGCCAUCAUGAGGUACGCGCCACCACGGGAGCCGACGCAACCAGAACGGCAGAUACAACUCUAG